AACACACAGUUCCUGGGUUGACUGUAUCGCAUAUUCCAGAUCUUAAGCCAAACGCGGGAAGUAGUUGUGAAAUGGCUGUUAACUAUUUUCAUUGUUGAUUUUUAAAUUCCCCUCCAAAAUAACCGUGGAUAGAUUAAAUCGAUUUUCAUACUUACUGACAAUUAAUAAAGUACAAUUUUUAAUAUGUUCACAGUCAUCGCAAAAUAUUUUUGUUGUCUUUUUCUAGUUUUUGCGUGCACGGCCGAAGCGGGUCCUGCGUCAAAAUUGCCCAAAGGUUUUAUUCGAUGCAGUCUGAGCGAUCCAGAUCUAAACAAAUGCAUUUGGAAUGGACUGAACGUUGCUUUUCCGUAUAUGUCUAAAGGUAUUCCUAGCCUUGGUCUAUUUCCCGUGGAUCCGUUACACGUUACAAAGUUAGUUAUUGAUGAGGGAAGCCAAGGACCGGUGCAAAUCAAGAUGCAGUUCGAAGAAUUAGACAUCUACAACUUCAACAGCACUAUCAUUAAGGAUUACCAAUUCGAUACUGCCAACCUCAACAUGUCCAUUAGCGUACAGACCAAAUUGCCCAUCGUGCUGGAAGGCUUGUACGAAAUGAACGGAAAGGUAUUAGUUUUGCCCAUCACAGGAAAGGGCAAAUGCAGAAUGGUGAUAGAUAAUUAUUCAUCGAAAAGCUAUCUCCAAUUCAAGAAAAUCAUUAAGAACGGAGUUACAUACUUGGAACUUGUUAAGUUAUCGUGGAAUUUCAGCACAACUAAACUCCAUUUGAAAUUCGAAAAUCUGUUCAACGGUGAUAAAAGUCUUGGAGACAACAUGAAUGUGUUCCUGAAUGAAAAUUGGCGUGAGUUGUUGGCAGAUUUGCAACCAGCGUUUGAAGAAGCGUUAGGCGCUGCGGUUUCCAAUGUAGUCCAACAAUUUUUUAGUCGAGUUCCGUUAAAUCAAAUUUUCAGUGAAUAAAAAAUAACACUCUUUUCUUUUUUGUGUAUAUUAAUUAUUUUGAUUUUAACUUUAUGUAAAGAUGAAAUAAAUCAUUGUUUUGACAAUCUUUA